CCAGGCCGCGCUGCUGCCGCCCCCGCCAGGAGAGCCAUGGAUAAAAGCGAGUUGGUACAGAAAGCCAAACUGGCUGAGCAGGCUGAGCGCUACGAUGACAUGGCUGCAGCUAUGAAGGCUGUCACCGAGCAAGGACACGAACUGUCCAACGAGGAAAGGAAUCUGCUCUCCGUGGCCUACAAGAACGUGGUCGGUGCCCGUCGCUCCUCCUGGCGCGUCAUCUCCAGCAUCGAACAGAAAACGGAGAGGAACGAGAAGAAGCAGCAGAUGGGAAGAGAAUAUCGCGAGAAGAUCGAGGCCGAGUUGCAGGAUAUCUGCAAUGAUGUUCUGGAACUCCUGGAUAAAUACCUUAUUGUCAACGCCACGCAGCCAGAGAGCAAGGUCUUCUAUCUGAAAAUGAAAGGUGAUUACUACAGAUACCUGUCAGAGGUGGCAUCUGGGGACAAUAAGCAAACAACAGUAGCAAACUCCCAGCAAGCUUACCAGGAGGCGUUUGAAAUUAGCAAGAAAGAGAUGCAGCCAACACACCCCAUCCGACUCGGGCUGGCCCUAAAUUUCUCUGUCUUCUACUAUGAGAUACUAAAUUCUCCUGAGAAGGCCUGCAACCUGGCAAAGACGGCGUUUGAUGAAGCGAUAGCAGAGCUGGACACGCUGAAUGAAGAGUCUUACAAAGACAGCACUCUGAUCAUGCAGCUGCUUAGGGACAACCUCACUCUAUGGACGUCGGAAAACCAGGGAGACGAGGGGGACGCCGGGGAGGGAGAGAACUAAGGGCUGUCAGGCUUCACUCUGUGUUCAAUGUCACCCUGUAUCCUACACAUGUAUCCCUUUGUGCAGCGAGCAAAAAGAAUAGUACAUCGACUUUCACAACCUCAACGUAGCAACAACUUCUCAGUGGGGUCCAAGGGGUGGGCUGGUGUUUGGUGUAAGCCACGCGGAGGUCGGUUAUCCCAAUGGCAUUCUGGACUUUUUUCCCUGCCCCCUUUCCCAACCUUGAUUCGUUUUGGUUUGGGUUUUUGUUUGGGGUUUUGGGGUUGUUUUGUUGUUUUUUUUUUUUUUUCCAAGUCCCAUUACCCUGUUUCUCUUUCGAACUGAACACUGUGAUCAGGGGUUUUGUGGUUGCAGUUGAACUUUACAAAACUCUUCUCGUUUGGUAGAAAAAUAAAGGUCCAAACGAAGGUGUUCCCUCCGGCGGGCUGAAUUUGGCACCCAAAGAAGUCGAGGUACAAUUCUCUUGGGAAGUUGUACAGAAAGAUUCUUGAGGUUCUGUUGUGGCACCCGGGGCACGGAAGGGAAGCGAUCGAUGUAUGGCAUCCAGGUGGUGGCACUGCUCUGAAUUAGCUCAGCAGGCGCUCUCUCAGCAUUAGUGCACCCAGUCUGCAGCACCGCGUCCAGUCAAAGCUCACUUUUGUCCAUCCUGUCUUUCUGGGGAUGGGGUUUGGGUUGGGGUAGGAGGGCAGUGGGAGAGGUAGCAGCUUGGUCUCCAAACCCCUGGUGCUGGCAGGUAGCUGGGAUUUGACUUCUCCAAGUGCUUUCGUUCUCAUACGCCAUGCAUGCCUAAGCCCCUUCCCACAGCAAUAACUUUCCUGAUUACACCUUAGAUAGUCUUCAGUAGUGACAAUUCUUGGUUCACAGCCAUGGACUUGAGGUAGGAGAAGAUUCAAUUUUUUGAAUGGCCUUAUUUAGUUUGGAUGAUACCAUGAAGGGAUCUGCCACUUGUUGCAUUGCUUUGCUCUGAGGUGAAUCGAAAUCUCCAUGGUGUUCCCAUUGGAAUUUAUCCUGAAGUCAUCCACCCAUCCUUAAAGUUCACUCUAUAGAAUUUUUCCUCCCACUGGACUCUGUUCAUCCUCAACCCUCUCACCUGUUUAAGCUUCAUUAAAGCUAUUUUGUACUCCCACAAAUGCAUCAUCCUUUGGUGAUGGCAGCAUGGGGCGGCGAGACCUGCUCCAGAGCAGGUUUCUCUCUGGGCUGUUUGAGAGCUGCCAGUGCUGUUGCAGUCUCCAGCUCUCCUCUGCCAUUUUUCAGUAGUACAAGGAGCUGGCUCAAAUAUUAAGGAUUUCCCCAGCCCUACAAGCCUGUAAGAGUUAUAAUAUUUGAGCUCCAAAGGUCCUCCCCUAGUUCUGUUUCAACCACAUCCCAUUCAAUGAACCCUAACCAGAGUCGGCUGAAUAACGCAGUGGAGAAGAUUAGGAGCGGUCACCUCUUCAGUCUCGCGGUAUCAUCCCCCUUGCCUUCACAUUCCACUUAGAGAUAGGACCCAUCAGUUUGUCUGUCCCCCAUCUCUCUGCUGAAGAGAAUUCCAUGCACUGAAUUUUACAACUCCCCCCCUCUUCCCAGCUGAACAAAUUGUGCAGUUAAAUAACUUGGCGCUUGAUCAACGCAGUAGUGAAUGUGGAACCGAGCCUGUCUGUAUAUCUGGUAGCUCUUUCUUGCUUCGUUUUUACUGACCAGUAUUCUGCCUAAAGUUUGCUUCUGUGACGGUUCUAUUGCCUAGCACACACACACACACACACACACACAAGUGGUUGUGAGAAUAGUAUAGCAAAAAAAAAAAAUUAAAAAAAAAAAAUACCUGGUUCUUGAUGUACUUAGAUUUGUGUAUGUCCUUUCGACGGUUCUAGUUUCACCUUCCACAGAA